CGACGAUGACGACGAUGGUGGUACCCGGAUCGGAUAGGCGGAGAGAGAGCCAGUGUCCGGUGUAGUGAGACACUUGGGAUGCAUGGCUAGAAAGUUAAAAGCAGCUGGGGCGCUCGAGAGAAUCAUGCACAGGGGGUCCGGUUUGACGGAUACUCGUGCAACUAACUCAUAUGGUAGAGGAGGAGCCCCGCUGAGAAUCUCGAAGACACCAGCUGACACUUGUAUGCAUGAGAGCACAGUCAUGUAGUGUCUUGCAUUUGAUUCGGAGCUCUCACGACGAUGGCCUAAAGGAGAUAAGCUUUUUCAUGCUGUCACUCAGCCGGCGCGGUACUUGCUCUGCAGCUGCUCUCAUCGUGCUUCAAGGACCUACAGGACUGUGUUUAUUAGCGUCCACCUGCUCAGAGGAUAACCGAACGACUGACUGCUCUUCGGAUGCAGUACACACCAAACGCAUCAGUGAAGAUCCUAUCCUUCAGACAUUCUUGAUCUCUCUCUGCCUCACUCAGAAUAAUUCGGGAGAGAUUGAACGGGGGAACGGGUCCUGGUCGUCUGUUGGUGAGUGGAACAGAAAUACGUGUGGGCUAUCAAUCGCUCAGAAGGAGAGAACUCCGGCGAUGAUAUAAAAUUUUCACGAGCUGUGAUGAUGGUAUGAUUUGUCCCAUCACUUACUUGUCGAGGACUCGGGCGGCACGUCCAGGAGGGAUACAGCAAGAGACGAGCUGAGUUUGAUCCUGGAGACCAGGAACUCUCUUCCUUGGAAGGACCGCGGGAAUCUGUAGCGGCGAAGAAGGAGAACCAAAAGAAAUAGAAGCAAUCGAGAGAGGUUCAAGAUGGGAGAAUCAAGAACAGCAAGGAUUAUGUUCAAAUGGGUUGGAUUUGUAUGUGCGAUAUGGGUGCAGUCGAUAGCGGGGAACAAUUACACAUUCGCCAACUAUGCUUCCGAUCUCAAGCAUGUUAUGGGGUACAGUCAAGUGGAGCUAAAUUCGCUGAGCAUUGCCAAAGAUAUAGGCAAAAGCGUGGGACUUCUGGCUGGCUUUCUCUCGGAAUACCUUCCUCCCCAAAUUAUUCUCCUCAUAGGAGCAGGUGUGGGUUUUCUGGGCUACGGCUCGACUUGGCUCAUAAUCAGCGAGCGCAUAGCUCCCCCAUCGUUAUGGCAGAUGUGCAUAGUGAUGUUCUUGGGAGGCAACAGCAGCACAUGGAUGAACACGGCGUGCCUGACGACAUGUCUGCGCAACUUUCCUCAGAGCAGGGGCCCGGUGACUGGCAUUCUCAAGGGCUUCGUGGGCCUGAGCACAGCCAUCUUCACGGUCAUUUGCUCGUCUCUCUUCACCGGGUCCAGCUCCGCAUUCGUUCUCCUUCUGGCUUUCGUCCCGCUGUUCACUUGCAUGAUCGGUGCAAUCUUUCUGCGCGAGGUCCCCGUCUCCACGGGUCCCGAAGAAGAUCUGGAGGAGCAGUCGUGCUUCAACUCCCUCAACAUCGCCGCCGUCGCCAUCGCCGUCUACCUGCUGGGCUACACCCUGUCGGCAGAAAAUCUCUCCCCUUCCGUCAAGCAGGGCUUAGCUUGGAUUCUGAUGGUGUUCAUCCUCUCUCCCAUCAUCGUCCCGGCGAAGCUCUUCGUGCACAACUGGUUCCGACUGCGGAAAACUGAAAAGAAGCGAACGAGCUUCUACAGGUCCCCAGAGCCCACCGAUGACACAACGGAGCCACUGUUGCACAAAUUCGUGACCGCAGCAGCCGAAGCUCAGCAUGUCAAUCAAGAUCUCGUCGUGGACCAGAAGAGAUGCGCGGACGACGAGGAGGAAGAGACCUCGCACUGCCGGGGCAAGCAGUUGGGCGACAACUACUCCUUCUGGCAAGCUUCGAUGUCGCUCGAUUUCUGGCUUCUCUUUCUCGGAUUCUUCACGGGAGUCGGCGCAGGCAUGGCCACCAUCAACAACGUCGCUCAGAUCGGAGGAUCCCUCGGGUACAGCGACGUGACGAUGUUCGUCUCGUUGAUAAGUAUAUUCGGUUUCUUCGGCCGGCUCAUCUCUGGCACUCUUUCGGAGUAUUAUUACAGGUCCAGAGGAAUUCCAAGGACGGCGUGGAUGGCUGCCUCCAAAGUCCUCAUGAUAGUCGGAUACUUGAUUCUGGCAUUUCCUGUUCCGGGGGCUUUGCACAUCGGGUCUAUAAUCGUCGGAUGCUGCUUCGGCUUCCAUGUGACGAUCAUGGUUCCAGUCGCCUCGGAGAUGUUCGGACUGAAGAGUUUCGGAGUUAUAUACAAUGUCUUGAAUCUCGACAUGUCACUGGGUUCGUUCCUCUUCUCUUACCUGGCAGGAUACAUAUACGAUUUCGAAUCACGGCGAACGGCCGAUUCGGACUGGCCCGACAUGAGCGACAGCGAUUCUUUGCCGCUUUCGAAGCAGAAUGUGAUUUGGGGAGAUUUGCUGAGUUCCACCAGGUUCACGGCUGUCGGUGAAACAGAAUGUUACGGCUCACACUGCUUUGAGCUUCUAUUCAUAAGCAUGUCUGUAGUUUUAGCGCUUGGAUUUGUCGUCGACGUCAUCUUGACUCUGAGACUCAGACCCUUGUACGAAAGAUUAGCCGAUUUCAAGCAGAAGUUGGAUCCCGGCAUUGAUUCAGAAGCCUCGCCCAGAAAGCUGCAGAGCUAAUAGCAGGCAGAGAGUCAGUCCCCGCAGCCCAGAACUUUGUAAAUAUUUGUAGCAUACCAGGAUUGUAGACGUUCUCGACAAUCAGAUCCACGAGAGAAAGGGGUCUAUCAAUUUUUUAAGAGAUUUUUUGAGCGGAGUUAAUUGAUGAGUGUAUAUAGCAGAGGAAUUUUUACCCAGUCAUAUUGAAGGUCCCUAAGGACCAAAUCUACGUUCAGUAGAGGAUCCAUAGAGUGUCAUUGGAUUGAUUAUGCUUUACUUCUUUUAUAUUCAAUUGGAAAGCAGAGCAGAUUCUUAUUUGAGGACUUC